AGUCUCGUUAACGGAGAUGUUCAUUCACUCGCACCGCCAGAUGACCAGUAUGGCUCGCGCAACUCGUUGCCGCCGCGUCUCGCACGUAUCGCGGCGAUACGAUAGUGGCCGGAAACGCGAAGAACGAGAGAGAGACGGACAUUUUCCGAUGAGGUGUGCUUGACCUAUCGCUACCGCAUCAUGGAAACGCAAUCCAAGUGCCAGCACGUUUGACGACGAUGGCGGCGCUGGUACGUCUUAAGCGCGGUAGCGUCCAACUGAGACACGCGGCGCUCGAGGUCAAAGCCGGUUGUUUACGUUACAUCAUUGCCGAGCCAAAGUCGAGGCCACCCGCAGUAUCAUAGUGCUGUAGAGAUAGUGCGCGGGGAAUCAAACACCGGGAGCGAUAAGAGCGAGAUGUCGCAGUCUGUCUCGUUAUUCUUGUCUUCUGUGAGAUGGCAGACUUCGUCAAGAGAGGUAGUGUGCAGUUCGUCAAACGUGGCAGUUGUCAAUUAAAGCUCGCUGCGCAAGAGGUUCGAGCGACAGUUCGAGCGCGACACAUCGUCGCCGCGCUGGUCGCAGUUGGAUUUGCGCUCUGCGGCGCGGUCGAAGUCAGCUCCUCCGUCGCACUGCUGGCAAAUCAGGAAGACAAUCAUGCCAUCAUCGACACGUCUUGGCACUGCGACAUGCUGGUCAAUAUCACCAGCCGCAAUCGCACCGAGGACUUCGAGGUUAUACUCUUGGAGUUGCCGCAGGAGGAGCGAGCGGAGUCGAUUAUGCGCGAGGCUUUCUUAUGGGGACAGGUGGCCGGGCCUAUCUUGGGAGGUUGCCUGGUGUGGGGUCGAUCCGGGCCCUCCAUGGUGUUCUCACGAGCGGUUCUUAGCGCCUGUUUAGCGUCUCUAUUAGUACCCGCCGCCUGGCGCGGACCAUCGCACGUUGCGCUGCGCUUGUUCCAAGGAUUAUGCACCGGCGCGACCAUGCCCGCUGCUCACAUGUUCGCUAUGACCUGGUUUAAGAGCAACCACAGGAGCUGGUACUUCAGCUGUUACGCAGCCGUCAGCGUGGGUUAUUGCCUCACCGGAUGGCUGGGCACCGCGGUGGUGCGAACGUUCGGCCGUGAUUCUCUGUGUUACGGUCUGGUUCUCUUGGCUCUGUGCUGGUACUUCGCCUUCGGCCGAUUCGUCAAGGACACGCCCAAGUCCUAUCAACACGACACAAACGCGGCUGUGAUACCAUGGGGGAAACUCUUGAGAUCCGUACCAGUGUGGGCGUCCGCGGUGGCGACCAUGGGAAACCAAUGGGGCGACGCGACGCUCGCUCUUGGCAUGACAAAGUACCUGAAACUCAUCUACGGCUUCUCCACAGCUAACGAUUCGGUGCUAACCACCUUACCUCACAUCGGUCACUUCAUGGCUGCGCUGACCUGCGGUCUCCUGGUCGACCACGUCCGCGAGUCUGGUAUAGUUUCCACGACCACCGCGAGAAAGUUGGUCGUCUACACAGCGCACUUCAUCCCCGCGGCCUUGCUGUUCGUCGCCGGUUACGCCGGCUGUCAAGCUCUGGGUGCCGCUUGGCUGGGGAUCGCAGCCCUCCUCGUAUCCGGCACCGCACCGGCCGGUGCGCUCGCCGCCAUCGCCGACCUCGCACCUGCGGAAUCGCCGGCGUGCGCCGCGGCGGCGUGCGCUCUGUGCUCCACAUUGGGAGCCGCGGGACUGCUGGCCGCCAAUUACUUCGUCACUCAGGCUCUUCAUGGCUCCAUCGCUGGCUCUUGGCGACUGGUGUUCGGUGUCGCGUCCGUCGUCCUGCUGACGACCGCUGCGGUCUUCCUGGCUCUCGGCAAAGGCGUCCCGCAGCCGUGGAUCCCGUCCGUGCCGAGACCGCGGAGUCACGACGUCAUCUACGAGCAGGACACGCUGGAGCUCGACUACGAGGACGUGGGCGUGCAGACCGAGCCCUUUGGGCCGUACGCGUUGGAGGACGACGUUGAGAGCCUGAAGAACGUGCCCCGCUCCGCGUCGAUUCACUCCAAGGUCUCGAUGACCUCCGAUUAAAUCGCGCCUCGACGUGUCACUCUCAGAGCUCGUUCUGCAACAAGGAUCGCUAUCCUUCCGCGAUAGAGCAUAGUCUACGGAGGACGUGUGUGCUGCGCUCGCCGAGAGCAGGCGCGUCAUUAACAAUGUGUAUAUAAAGUUUCAAGAAGCAAGUAUUGCGCGCACACGAGAACACGUUUUUAUACGAUUAACGCAGAUUGUUCUCAUCGAUACACCGUGAUGAUCGAAAGGAUUAAACACGGGAUGUAUAACAGUAUUCAGAUUGCAGCAACGCAUUUCUCCGUGAUUCACCAUUCUCCACGCGUAGGGAGCCUUUCCGUCGCGGGGAGAAUAUUUGACGGUAAAACUUACCGAACACUGAAUCCUUCAUCCUCGAGGAACAGGUUGAGGACAUAGGAAUUUAUUAUUAUUCCGUUUCACACGUGCUAUUUACGCUUCAGUAACUGCAAUCCGCACGAUUAAAAGAAUUUGCCGUGUUCUUCAGCGAGAUAAAUUCCAUUGAUCGCCUAUUCUCCGCGCAGUUAGAAGAGAGAGAGAGAGAGAGAGAGAGAGAGAGAGAGAGAGAGAGAGAGAGAGAGAGAAAGAGAGAGCUGAAAGGAGAGAGAAUUGUAAGAACGAAAAUUAUAAUAUUUUCUUCGUGUGUACGAAUCGACCAGAGCGCACUUACACACCCCAAGUUUCGCGGAAGAAGACAGUCCGAGAGUCGCCACUCGCCAGAGAGAAUCGUUACGAAACGAUGCCGUGAA